UCUUAAAUAUGAAGCGAGUGUGGUGUCAUAAAAAUGCUGGAAAUGGUGGCGAUUAUGAGAUGUGCUUUUCCAGGUUUUCAAAAAGGCAGUUGAAAAUGAGCUGGAAUCUUCGGACAGCGGCCAUCUGUAUAGUAUUCUGAGUGAUCUCGAAAGAAGUAUCAAGCCAAAAGAUGAAACAGCUCCUGAAGGUGUCAGAUCUUUGCGUGACGGAAUCAGUUAUUGGGAUUCACGAAAAGACAGCGCUGCAUUACAGUACUCUCAUGCAUUGCGGAAUUUGAGUGUUAAGCUGGAACAGCUAGCUGAGUACAGCAUCGAGCAAAUAAGUGAUUUCAUUGAAAGUGCCGAAGACUGCUUGGAUCAGCUCUGGCUCAGCGAACCGCCAUUCCCGCAGAAUCGCAUGCAACAACUUAUCAACAGCACAGGUCUGGAGAUUGCAAACUGCAUAAUAAGUAAAGUAAACAGCAAUGAGCGAUGGCAAGCAGGAGUACCAACUACUGAUCUGUUACAAGCCGCGAACUCCGUCUGUGAGCAGUGGAAGUUCGUCGUCGAAAGUCUGGUCGAGCAGUGGAAGCAGAACGUCGAUGCGCCAUGGAAAGGUGAUAAACCAGCAAUGGCAGCCAUGGAAAUUUUGCAGAAACAAAUUAACGAGAUUUUAUCACUGCAAAUGUUGAGCAGCCAAGUGAGCGAGUUGCUUGGUGAUAAGAGCAGUGCCUGGAAAGAAAUGGAUGCAGCACUUCGAGCCAUAUUUGCUGUACGCCCUCUAUUGGCCUACAGUGCUUCGAUGCAGCAGCACUGGAGAGUUAAACUGAUGGUAAUUUGUUGCAUUUGUCCUGGUCUCAAAAACGCUUCGUCACAGCAUUUCUUAUCAAUCCCUCCGCAAGCAAUGAUAGUGAAGUAG